UGUACUGACAUAUGUCAAUAAAUUGUUACUGAAAGAUUUGGAUAUUGUUGAACUUUGCUGACUUUUCAUUUGAAAUUUAGCAAGAUGAGUCGAAAAGUAUUUCUCUGGUCGGCUUCGAGGUCUUUGUCGACAGCGUUUACAAGGGCUAUGAUGAAUGUUAACGACUGCGAAGUUUUUAUGGAACCCUACUGGUAUGGCCACUAUUCGUUAUGGGGAGAUAUCUGUGCACCAUCAAAGGGUUUGACCACCAUACCUCCUGACCAAAUACAGCUUUCAAUGAACAGAACUACCGACUCAGUGCUUGCGAAGUCAGCUAAUAAACAAUUUGUGUUUUGUAAGGAAAUUGCAAAAAAUGUAGCCCAUCCUCCAUAUUUUUUAAAAGACGAGAAGCUAAACGGUUUUUGGCAUACGUUUUUAAUAAGACACCCUGAAAAAACAAUCCCAUCCUUGUAUCGUGUAUUUUCUGAAAGCGAUUCAUACCCAGACGUCGAUACCAUCGAUUUUAGUUAUGAAGGUGGUUUUAAACAGCUGUAUAAUAUCUUCGAGUUUGUCAGCAACCAUUUCGAUACUUCGCCAAUGGUUAUAUUCGCUGACGAUUUACUUCAAGAUCCUGAGAAAGUACUUAAUUACUACUGUAGCCAGACUGGUCUGCCUUAUAACAAAGGCAUGUCAUGUUGGAAGCCUGGGCAUAUUGAUGGGUGGUUACUUCCUGAAUUCUAUGUAAAUGUGACCGAAAGUUGUGGCAUUGGGAAACAGGAGGAAUCAAGAACCAAUUAUGCACCAAUAGGAGAAAAAGGAAUUGCUAAGAUUAGAAAAGCUAUUGAAGAUAACAUUUGGUACUAUGAGCAGCUGUAUAAGUAUCGAGUUCAAUUUUGAAACUCUGCCAUGAUAUGUAUACAUAAACAUUUUUUUAACUAAACGAUUCAUGUUGGUUGCUGGUAGACUAAACGUGUAAUGUCGAUAGCUUCUUUUGCAUGCCGAAUUUUAUCACCAAACGGAAAAAAUUGCAAUCUGUUGCAACAAGCACUUGCUAACAACUGUUCUGAGCCCUUAAUUAUAUUUAAAAACUUAUCAAUGCUCUGAGCACUUAAUUAUG